GUCAUCAGGUAGAUCCAGGAGCAUGAGCAGGACUUUGAGCUGCGGGAGCAGAUGUCUGGGUAUAAGCGCAUGCGGCGGCAGCACCAGAAGCAGCUGAUCGCCCUGGAGAACAGGCUAAAGGCCGAGAUGGAUGAGCAUAGGCUCCGGUUGCAGAAGGAAUUAGAGACACAUGCGAACAACACUUACAUUGAGCUGGAAAGACUGGCCAAACGCCACUCUGCUCAAACAGACAAAGAGAUGAAGUCAGUUGCAGCUGAAGAGAGGAGGAUCCAGCAACAGAUUGUUGCUCAGCAAAAAAGAGAGCUGACUACUUUCUUAGAGAAUCAGAAAAAGGAGUACAGGCUUUGCAAAGACAAGAUCAAAGAAGAGAUGAGCGAAGACCCUGGUACACCCAAGGAGGAGAAGCAGGAGCGUCUGUCCAGGCACAAAGAAACAAUACAGCGCUCUCAGGCGGAGGAGGAAGCUCAUCUGUUGGCCCAGCAGAGGCUGGUCUACGACCGGAGCUGCAGGGCCCUCAAACGCCGGAGUCUGGUCAGGAAGCACGAGUUUGAACAGGAGCAACUGAGAGAGGAGCUGAACAAAAAGAGGACCCAGAAGGAGAUGGAACAUGCCUUGAUGAUCCGGCAGGACGAGUCCACCCAGGACAUGGAGCUCAGGCAGCUGCAGAUGCUGCAGAAGCUGCGCAUUGAACUCAUGCGGCUGCAGCACCAGACAGAGCUGGAAAACCAGGAGGAGUACAACGGCCGGCGGCAGAGAGAACUACACAGGAAACACACUCUGGAGCAGCGGCAGCAGCCCAGAAACCUCAAGAUGCUGGAGAUGCAGAUCAAGAAACAGUUCCAGGAUACCUGCAAGGUGCAGAACAAGCAGUACAAAGCUCUUAGGAACCAUCAGCUGGAGGUCUCUCCCAAAGGCGACCAUAAGAUUAUCCUGAGGAGCCUAAAAGAGGAGCAGACACGCAAGCUGGCCAUACUGGCUGAGCAGUACGAGCACAGCAUCAACGAGAUGAUGGCCUCACAAGCGAUGAGAUUAGACGCAGAGCAGGAAAUGGAGUGCCAGGCCCUGAAGCAGCAGCUGAAGCAAGAGAUGGAGCUCCUGGACGCCUACCAGAGAAAAACCAAGUCACAGAUGGAGACCCAACACGAGCGAGAGCAGCAGAAACUUGAGCAGAAGGUCUCCAUACGCAGAGCGCACCUUGAACAGAAGAUUGAAGAGGAACUGGCUGCACUUCAGAAGGAACGCACCGAAAAGAUCAAGCACUUGUUGGAGCGUCAGGACAGAGAAAUUAACACUUUUGAGACAGAAAGUAGAAGCCUCGGCUUUGGAAGCCUGGAAUCUCUGGACUUCCCCAAAGAAGACAACAGAUGAAAGUGGAUUUAUCUUUAGAGGACAACAUAUCCGUGCCCUUUUUUUGCGUCCACUUGACAGUUUGUCACAUCCACGGUGACAAAGCUGGAUAGCUUUCUCUAUUGCUUUUCUUCUCUCUUAGAUAUUGCAUCUUUGAAUCGAGGUGUUACGUGCAAUGAGAACUUCUUUUGUGAAUGGGGGGGGAAAGUGAAACAAAAGGAAUCUACAACAACAUGUCAAUAAAAAUCAAACCUAGUCAGUGUAACUCAAAACCUUGUGUGUUAAAAAUAACAGACUCUUUCCUCCAUGCCAUUUCCUCCUUUUGGUAUGAAUUGAAUAAAUCAGGAAAUUUUAGUAAAAUUGGCACUUUGAUAUGUUUAAGUAGAAGCCCAUCAUGUUCGUAUGAUGCUUAAUGUGUGUGUUACAUGGAGGGACAUUGUGGAAUGUGAGCUGCGGACUCCCCCGCGGUGUUAAGCUGCUUUGUCUUUUUUUUUUAUUGGUUUCAUUUGAUUUUGUUCUAUUUUAUUUUAUGCUCUGAAUGUGAAUAUUACUGUAUGGGGUCACUGGAAAAGUCAGAGUUUAUUCUUUUUUUUUUAUUUUUGGUCAUACUUCCAUAUUGUGCUUAUGCAUACAGUAUACUGUGGUCCGCCACUUUUCUAGGCAACAGUUCUUACCCUUUCUUUUAUUUGAUAUGUAGGGUCAAUUGGCAUUAGCUUGAUCAAUCUGUUUAUCUUAUCACAAUUCAAGAUCCCACUUGGUAAAACUGCUUAUUAUUGCAUGCACUUUAAGGACAAAUUCAGGUUGUGAAGUGAAGCAUGAAUCUGUCAGAGAUUUUAGCUGUUUGUAAAUAAAAGCAUUUUUUUUUUUUGUUUUGUUUUAAGCCUAUGGAUACUGGACAUAAGCGCCAUAUUUGAUAUGAUAAUUUCACAAAUGCCUUUAUUUAAGUUGUGCCUGAUGAUUUUAGUUCCGUGUUUGUUAUAUCUAUAUUUUAUUUACUGAGGCCGGCACCAUUUUGUUUUUUGGUUUCAUCCAAACUUGUGAAUCAUUUAAUGUUCACUAAUCAAAGUUCUUGUAAAGGAAAAUGGUGAGAAUUGUGCUGUAUAACUUUUGAUAUGAAUAUUUGUACAUGAGAAUAUAGCUAGAACAUACAGAGACACUGGUCUAUUACUGAUAACAGAGCUUAACGAUACAGAUUUUGCUUCGUUUUUUGUUUUAUGAUAUAGAGAUAUGGUCAGACAAUAGCUCAAUAUAUGCUAUGUCAAAUCACUAGACUCUCAGAUUGUAUAAAUGCUGGUGGAUGGAACCACAGACUUCUUAUAAUAUCAGUACCAUGAUCUUUAAGGGAUCAAUGGUUCUGCAAAAGCAAACACAACACGUGAGUCCAGAUUGCAUUUGAGUAAUUAGUGUCUAAUGAUCAGAUUUACAUAUUUUUUUUGCCAUGUUCAUUAUGGUCAUUGAACAGGUUGCACAAUGUUUCCAUUAAUCCUGAAUGGAAAGAUAAUUGUUUGGUGCUUAAUUUCUAAUGCCACCUUUAGCCUUGUAGUUUUUUGUCUUGGAGAGACGAUUGAUUUUUACAAAAUGUAAACGUGAAGCAUUUUGAAACCCCCUCUGAGUCAAAACACUACUAAGUUUUUUAAACACUCAUGACAUAUUUAGAGUACCCCAUGCAGUGAAAUCCUCUAAAAAUGAAGUAUAUGUAUGAAAAAAUAAAUACUAUUUUAUCACAGGUCAGCUUUUGAAACAUUGUUUAAUGUGGUGGUCUUGAAUGCAACCCCGUUAUGUUUGGCAGGUAAUUCUUCCCCUGUUUUUCUUUUCUUUUCUUUCCAGAGCCACAGCUUGUAUUAAUGUGUGGUCAUGUUCCUCACAGGGCUGAAAGGUGGAAGACGCCCCCUGAAUUAUCAAAGUAUUAUAAAUCGAGGAAUAUUAUGACAUUCUAUUUCUGAUGGCAAUAGAACUUAAAUGCUCUUGUUUUACACAUAGAAACCUAAAAUACGGAAUUUGUUUGACCAGAGUGUGUUCUGAAGUUGAAUGGCGCCUCCUGAUUUUUCAGCUUUUUACAUUUUCACAAACUUUCUGAAAUUUGAUGAAAACGUUUCUCAUAUGCAGUAAGGCCUUUUGUCUGGUCACAUAUAACUGAAGCCUUGCAGACAAAUGGUUCCAUAACGAAGUGCUAUUGGGGUGCUUGAAUAAGGUUUGCCUGAGCUUCAGAACAGUUAUGAACCUUACAAUUUGUGUGAAUUCUAAGUUACUAGAAAGAAAGAUGUAUUUAUUUAGAAUAAAGGGGACUUUCCUAAACAACCUUAUCACCAUUUCCUGUGCAGUUCUAAGACAAAAUAAAAGAGAUUCUGUUGAAAAAAAGAGUCUCAAUCAACAUCCUGCAUCUUAUGACAGUGCAUUUCUCAUUGUUUGUGGUUGAAUUUCCUUGUAAUUCUCGCUUGUUUUGACGAGGACUUCUCACUUUUGAUUUUCUUUGGUGUGAUGUGACGGCUGUGACCUACAUUACGUCAAAUGCUGUUUAUUGUAAUUUACUGUAAAUCUACAAACACACAUGCAUAUCAAAGAUAACUUGUGAAAACCAGAACCUUGAAAUGGGAACAAGAGGUGAGAGGGAAGUUAGACUGCCGAGCGCCCAGUGUUUUAGGCUUCCUUACAUUUCAGGGUAAACUUGCUUGAUUUA